AUGUCAAGUCAGGACAAUUCUGAAGAGAGUUCAUUAUCAGGCACAAUCCUUAAAAUUCCAUUAACUGUAGAAGACAAAUCUACUGGAGAAACAAUAAAGUGUUGCCAACUAUGGCUUCAUGUAUCAACAGCCGAAUUUAAACCUAGUGAUGAUCCUCAAUUUAGUAAUAUAUCACUUACUGGUAUUUAUCAAGAAGGAUACUUUCAUAAUGUUGUGACAAAGUCUAUCUUGUCUAAAACAUUUCGAAAAAAUGCCAGUAUAAAUGUUGAACCAGAUGAUUAUUAUCGAAUAUUCCUCAAUUUAUUCCCCCUUGACUUAGAUGGUUUAAUUGAGAGUUAUGAAUCCGAUGGUGAACAUAAACGAUUGAAAUUAAGUGCCAAAUUAUUAGCUAAUAAAAGUGACUAUGACGAAAAUGGCGAGCUUUUAGACCUUGGAGAUGAUGACCCUAACAAAACACAUAUUACAAUUAUGAUAAAGACAGAUGCCAAAUUAGCUAUUACUGUGGGAUCCAUUGAUCUUAAAGCUCUUGAAUUUGAGAAGCAGGAACAAUUACAAGAGGAAAGCGAUUUGUUUAAUUGGUUGAGUUUGUAUAAUUCUCAAAACGAAGCAUUACUUGAAUCACUCCUAGAGAGUAAGAAGAAGAUUGAAAAACUUAAAGAUGAUAAUUACUUAUUAGAAAAUAAUUAUAAUGAGUCCAAACUCGAUUUCAAUAAUAUUAUUGUGGAUAUGGAACUGAGGUUUUAUCAAGUUUUGGAUUCAAAAAAGGAUAUGAUUUGGGAAUUAACUAAACAUGCCCACCCCAAGGAUAGAUUAGACCAAUUAAAUAGGGAAUAUCUUAACAAUGAAGGGAAAUUAAAUGUGAUUAAUCGGGAGGAAAUACCGAACAAAAUCGAUCCAAAAUAUGAAAAGAAAAGGAAAACAAGUAUAUCGAGUAGAGGGCGAAAGAAACGGAAAACUACGAAGCGGAAGCCUACCAAGUCUAAAAAGGCAGCAAAAGAAGAAGAAGAAGAUGGUGAUAAAUCUCAGGAGCAUUCAGAUUCUGAUGAGGAAUUAGAGACUCCACCAGCAAGGAGAACUAGAAGACAAUUAGCUAAGGUGAAGUCAGGGGAAUCAGAAAAUGAUGAGGAGAUGUCUUCAGAAAGUCAUUCCGAGUACGAUGAUGAUGCAAAAAUAACUCCUGCAUCUUCAUCUCAGAUAGUAGAGGAUGAAGAUAUGGAACCAAUUUCACCAGAGCUUACAAGCGGAGAUAAGUCUACCAAAGUCAAAGAAGAAUCAGAUUCGCAUCCUUUGCUAAAACAUAUGGAUGUUCCCAGUGAUCAGUUUGACCCUAGACGAUCUUUCCGAGAACGUUCAAGAUCUCAACCAAAGGUAAAGCUUGAGAAAGAUCAGUACUCGAUACCACUUAGGAGUGAUCGAGAGAUCGUGAAUGCUGCUCUUGAAAAUAUAGAGAAUGGUAGCAAAGAGAAUGAAGACAUUGCGAAUACACAUAUAAGUGAAGAUAGUUCGAAUCAAGAUAGCUACAAUGAAGAUGAAGCUGCCAAUACUGAUUAUGAUGACGAUGAGGACGACGAAGAAAAAGCGGGAGCCGAUGCUAAUGAUACUCAACAAGACACACAACGUUCAAUUGAAACGAUAGAUUUAGGCAAGCAUAACUCAAGUGUCAUUGAAGACAGUUUACCGGAAAACAAGGCAUCAAUUUCUCAAGCCUCGCACUCAACGGGUACACAAAACAAUGAGGAAGAAACCGAUUAUAGUUCAUCCGAGGAUGAAAAACAAGCAGAAAUUAAAACAAACAAGGACGAAGUAAGCUCAAAUACUCAAGGUAAGUCUACUAGUCAAACUCCACUUAGUCAACAUGAUCAUGAAACUGAUUAUAGUUCUGAUGAUUAA